CAUUACCUUUAAUGUGUAAUGUAAUGGAUUACAUUACUAACUACAAUUUUUUGUUAUGUAAUUUGGAAUCAGUAACUGAUUACAAUUUGUAACCCACCAAUACUGUGUAUCAAUAUCUGAUAACUUCAAGGGAUAGUUCAUCCAAAAGCAAAAUUCUGCUCUACUUUCCCUGAAUGCCUGAACGGCUCUUUUCCAUACAGUGAAACUGAAUGGUGACCAGAAUUGACAAGCUCCAAAAAAAACAAAAAGCAUCCUAAAAUUGGUCCAUAUGACUCACACUACAGUCCAAAUAUUCUGAAAUCAUGCAAUUUACUGUUGCAAAUAAACAAGUCAAAAUGAACUUUUUUUUAAAGGUAAAGGUAGGGUAGGCAGUUUCAGAGAGGCUAGCAAUAGCAAGCUAGCUUUGAAAGCAUUACAUCCCACCCUCCCUUCAGAGCAUCCAAAGCCACGCCUCCUCCAAAACACAUGAACACACACAGCAGAAUCUGCAAAGCGUCACAAGAUGAGAGACGGCAUUAAAUUAUCUCAUGUCUCAAAGCAUAUAACAUUACAAUAAUAAUGAUUGUAAACAACUUACAGAGCUCUUGUACCACCUGACUGCUGCAGAUUCAUUUCGGCGUUGACAUAGAAAAGCAUAAAUCAGAGUCUGAGCACUUGAACAGCCAUCUAGUAAAUACGGUUACGACAUGGUGUAAACACAGCAAUAAGUUUGUUGUUUUGGUUCAGGAGGAACUGUAAAAAGUGGCUGCUGUUUGUCUGUGGCGUUACAACUCCACAUAGCCUUAUGGAACGUGUGUGAUGUCUGUGUGGGCAGGGUGCGUGGAGGUAUGGAAAUACAUAGGUUGACAGGCAGGUAGGACAUCGGAUCGAAUGCAAUGAUUGGUCAAACAUUUUUUGGUCAUGAGACUUCCACAGAAGAUAUACAUGUUUUAAUAUUUAGACCACUUCUAUUAAUUGCUGCAGGAUAUGAAGAGAGUUUCAACCAGAAUCACAAAAUGUGUUAUAAAAAAAAUUGUCUACCCUACCUAUAAGUCUGCUACAGCUCACAGAUCAUGAUUAUGUAUAUUUAGAUAUGGCUAAAAUUUCUUAUGAUAAACUUUAGUUUGAUUUAGUUAUUUUUCUUACUCAAAAGCUAUUAUAUAGGUUCAGUUUUGUCAUACUUUCAGUGCUUUUUGUCUAUUUUGGAACUUGACAGUCAUGGUCACAAUUCACUUUCAUUAUAAAAGAGCAGCUUGGACAUUCUGCAAAAUAUCUCCUUUUGUGUUACAUGUAGAAACACAUACAGAUCAUACAGGAUAGCAUAGAGUAAAGAGUAACUGAAUUUUCAUCUUUGGGUGAACUAACCCUUGAAGGCGGCCACUUGCCACUCUUUUUAGGCACAAAUUCAUUGUUGAAUCAGAUGUAUUUAAAUCCGGACAGCAUGCAUUUCAGUUUUAACAUAACCAGGACAGUUGAUAACUGUCUUGGGUGUCGUGGAUCAUGGAUUUGGCAGAGAUGGGAGUUGAACACACACACUGGACUUGAUUUGCUCUUGCAAGUCUUGAGAUACAGACCUGAUCCCUACUGUGAAGUGAAAGCAGAUUUUGGCAGGAGGGAAGGAUUUCAUAAAUCAGCUGAUGGUCUCUCAUACCUCCGGGAUAUAAACAUAUCUUUUUUCAUAUGUUUCAUUUAUGACAUUGACAAAUUGAAAAUGGGGUAAAGCCGAAGCUGAAGUUGUAUCACAUUGAGACACUAACAAGAGAAGUAAAUAUUUUCAGUUGAAUAAUCUUUACUUCAUCUAUUAUUUUAUUUCUUGUAUUAUUACAUUUGGUUUGGAGACUCUGUCUGAGAAAAAUUUUCCUCACAGAUUUUUUUUCCCCUCUCUUGAUUUACCCACAGUACAGUUUUGGCACUGCAAACCCCCUGAUGAUUGAGAGAAAAAAUCUGGCUCUAAAUCUCAAGUUCGUUCUUUCACCACAAGAAAAAUAUAAAAAUACAGUUUGAUCAAAUUUAUGACUGCACUAUUAUUUUUUAUUUCCCUCUAUAGGCAGAUAUAUUGGCUCAAGCGAUUCUCUGUCUUUUAUUUCCGUAAUCAGGAUCUGACCUUUAUACUGAGACAGUCAGUCACAUGUCCCAAAAGCAUCUUAUGACGUAUUGAAUGACAGCGGCAUGUUUAUAUCCAAUAACAGGUAUAUGUAAUAAAAUCAACUGAUUCGUGAAGUAGCCUACUCCACAGCUGCGUCCAUCAUCUCCAUCCAUGCACUUACACCAGAUUCCCAAUAGAGGGCAGCACCUACUUUACUUGAUGGGUCAUUCCUUUUUAUACAGAACCUGUUGAACUCUGUGACUUUAAAAGAUGCUUGUGUCAAAUGUAAGGAAGUAUUUUUAUGAAAGGAUAUACCAGACUUUGGGAAACAUGCUCUGUUCAGGCUUAUGGACUUUACCUGUACUAUUUAGGCUAUAUAAAUUGAUUAUUGUAACAGGAAUCCCAAACAGGGUGAAAAUAAAGAGCUAAAAUUGAUCUAUCGUAUAGUUUAUUUCAAUGUAUUUAUAUAUACAUAUUUGAUGGAAACAUGAAGAUGCUGCAUAGGAGGAAUGAGUCUGUUUAUAGUCAAGGCCAUUGGGCUAAAACAUACAUGAAGUAAACACGUCUGAACAUCUGAUCACGUCAAUUAAAAAAAAAAAAAAAAAAAAAAAUAAAAAAUAUAUAUAUAUAUAUAUAUGUCUUUUUUUUUUUUUUUCUCAAUAUGCCAGUGUUUAACAUUAUUUAGAUCAGGGUCGUGGUGCUCACGUGAACAGCCUCAGCCAAUACAACCCAGAAACACUGCACUGUGUUUACUAUAUAAACAGCGUAAGAGACUGACAUGGAAGAGAGGAAAUCGAAUAAAGUUGUUUUUAUUUAUUUUAUUUUUUUUGCGCACAAAAAAAUAUUCUCGUCACUUCAUAACAUUAAGGUUGGACCACUGUAGUCACAUGAACUAUUUUAACGAUGUCUUCACAACCUUUCUGGAUCAUGAAAGUGGUAAUAACAUUAAAUAAAGCUCACGGAUUUCAUCAAAAAUAUUGUGUUCCGAAGAUGAACGAAGGACUUUCGGGUGUGGAACGACAUGAGGGUGAGUAAUAAAUGACAGAAUUUUCAUUUUUGGGUGAACUAACCCUUUAAGCCUCUGGAAUCGUUCACAGGGGCGUUUUCUUGUGUUCAGAAGCUGCGCAACGGAUUGUAACAAAAUAAUUUAAAAUGACUUCAACACCAGUAGCCUAUGCGCAUGAAAAUAUAAAUCACAAAUAAAACAAGAAAGCCUGUGAACACCUUCCUAGAUUUGUAUUGCAUAGCUACUUUUGCUAUAGCCUACCUUUUCUAUUAACAAAUGAUUACGCGUAACAAGCAGCAUUGACGUUUUGCUGUUGACAAAUCAAUUGAAUGAAAAUAAAUAACUUGCUUUAAUUCAUUUUUAAUUAAUUUUAAUUCACUCACGCGUUAUUUAAGUUAUUGAGCAGCAGCUCACGGAUUAAAUACAUGACAUUUAAUUUUCUUUAAAUCAAUUAUUUAUUGAUUUGCACGUUGCCGAUGUGUGGAUGGGAGCAACCAAUAAGCGCAGCGGGGGGCGGAGAGCAGUCGAAGAACAUGGAGCUCACUGAGGACACCGUCAUAAACAGCACGCGCAGCAUCACUCCACACACUCUAUGAUCAGCCCUCAUCUAACCGUCUGUUCCCAUCACCUGCACCGGGGAUACAGUUUGGAAUUAAAAAUGAAGUCUACGGAAGUGGAUCCGGGGUUAUUCACUGACAGCUACUGCAAAGUGUGCAGCGCUCAGCUUAUCUCUGAGUCACAGAGAGUCGCCCACUAUGAGGGCAGUGCGGAGGGAGACGUGGACAAGAACAAGUGCUGCACACUGUGCAAUAUGUCGUUCACUUCAGCGGUGGUGGCCCAGUCGCACUACCAGGGCAAGAUCCAUGCCAAGAGACUGAGGCUACUGCUGGGGGAACCACCUGCCAUCACAUCUAAAGAGGUGUCAGCCAGUUCAGAGCAUAUGGUGUCUGAAGGUUCCCCGGGAAGUCCUUCCAUACAUGGGAGGCUCUCACACCGCUACUGCCAGAUGUGCAAGGCCUGGUUCAACAACCCCGGCAUGGCUAGACAGCACUAUGAAGGCAAAAAGCACAAAAAAAAUGCAGCCCAAGCUAACCUCCUCAUACAGCUGGGUAAAAGUCUGGAGGAUGGAGAUGAACUGAACGGCCUGAAGCGGAGUCACACAUGUGAGGUUUGCAGUGUUACGCUCAACUCCGUGGCACAAUACCACGCACAUCUGCAGGGCUCCAAACACCAGAACAACUUGAAGAACAAAUGAAGUUUGAUGGAGCAUCUUUACUCCUGAAACUGAGGAUCUUUCUGUGGAAGUCAAGGCAGCUUCUGCGCCUCCGUGUCUGAUGAAUGACACCACAUGGCAGUGAUAUCAGUUCAUGUUCUCUUGAUCCAUUGUGUUUAUGAUAGUGAUAUGGACACUACCAGCGCAGAUAGAGACAUGGGAUGGUCAUAAUGGAUUUUACCAAAUUUGUAAAUUCAAACAAACAAAACAAACAAACAAACAAAAACAUUCACAUCCUGAACACUUUAAUGUAUUUAAGGCAUGUAGAAUGGGCACAGUUUUGUCCAUCUCAUUUUAAUGUGGUGUGAUUAAAAAAAUAUUUUCAUUGUAAAAUUGUUUAUAUUUUAAUUUAAAUGUAUGUGUAAGAACUAGAGUGAAAUGCCAAUCAAACAUCAUAGUUCUCAAUUCACUGAAGAUGUAUUAAAUUUCCUUGUUUUAUUUUGUACAUGAAGCCUGAGGGAAUUGUUCUUUAAUGAUAUUAAAAUGAAGCUGAAUUUAAUCAGCAUACUCACAAAAGUAAUGGACCGAAGUACAGUGUUUUAAAUCCACUUUAAAACAUCUUUGAAAUCUUCAUUAUUUCAACAAGACUUUCCAGUGAUUUGUUGCGCUCUAAAUGUUCAGCAAAAGCUUUUUCGACAUUAGCUGCAGUAUGAUUGUAUAAAAAUGAACUAUUUACUAUCUCUUGCAGUGAAGAAAUAAACCCAAGAGAUCACUAUAGGGAGACAUUAUUGAGAUAAAAAUGGUUAUAUCAUGCUGUACUUUGCUGAGAUUUUAGUGCUUUUCACAAAGGACUGAUUUCCAUUUGUGCAUCGUUCUAAUUAAAAGAGCCAAAAUAAUCAGAUUAUUCCCAAAAUGACAACAACAUGCUAGCAUUAUUUAUUAAAAUAUGGCAUCCAAGAGAAUAAAACCAUUCUGACACAAA